GAGAACAGAGCUGCAGGUUUGGAGCUGGGCUGAUUCUUAUAUGCCCUGUAAGAUUAGUGGAUAUUCAUAAUAAAUAUAUGGGUAAUACACACAUGGAUUACAUCCUUUGUUGCCCUAAAAUAUACUUGAAUGCUUUGUUUUUUAGUCCACACAAUAGGGUGAACUACAGUGUUAUAAAACUGAACUGAAAAACAAGUAGUUAUGGUAUGGUAUGUAAACAGUAUUAGCCAGUGUAUGAAUGAAUGAAUAGCUGGAUGUCAAUUAUCCUUGAGAAUUUUCCGUAUGUCUUCUGAGCAGGAAAAACAACCUGGAAUUGUUGAUUUAUGGAGGCAGGAAAUGUGUAUGGAAAAUUCCAUGGUAAACACUGAGUCCAGGAACUGAGCCUUUGUGAUUAAUAUUGUCCCCCACUGGUCGGUGUAGACAAUUCCACAUGUUCACCACUAGAGGCCGAUAGAGUUCAGAUAUAAACUCCGGGGAAAGUUACCGGGAGAGAGGGUGGAAAAGUACCUCUGCAUGUGUGCAGGUGGUGCAGGACAUUCCGUUAUAGCAUAUGGCCUACUGUAAAAAAAAACACAACAACAAUAACGUGAUGGAAACAACAUGUUCCUGUUGUCAUUACAGUUGAAGUAAUCGAGGACAUUGUGGACUUAUUCAAGUUUGCUUUGACAAAUGAAGCCAUGUCUAAGCUACCAAUAAAUAGUUUAAGAUGACAUUUUUCAAGAAAACACUGCCUACCAUGCAAUCGCUUGUUAAAAAAGAGCUCAUUGAUUCACGUGCACACCAUAUGCAACCAAUCCUCGCGACCUUUCUGCGGCCAAAUCGAGUUUUUAUUUAUUAGCACCACGAUUGACAUAUUUAUCCCGACCUUCUGUGAUUAUAUAUGUUGACGUGGUUGUUAUGUUGUUGUUUGUUACAGUGGGGACAGAUUUCGGUCUGUGGGUUAACUGCAGAAGUCAGCGGCUGAGGAAAAGUUCAGAGGCAGGGCAUAUGUAACGCUGCGUUCAAAUGCUUCUCUAAAAGUCGUUUUUUUUACAAUCACGAUUGUUUACCAAUAGUUAGAUUCAAUGCAACCCAAAAUUUAAUUCAUUUUAUGGCCUUUAUUUUCGAUUUUGUACUUUACAUCGCAGAGUACAGGAAACAAAUGUGUUGUUUUAGUUGACUAAAUACUAAGUUGUUUUGUCUUUAAUUGUCUGUUAAUUAGAUCCAUUUCUCUUGCUAAAAUAACCAAACACCAACAACCAGAAAUGACAAAAAAUACAAUCUGUUAUGCUAACAAAAAGCAUGUAUUACUUUCAGAGAGCCCAACAUAGAACUAUUCCAAUUUUAUAUUCAUAAGCUGUGUACGUGUUUGCACAGCUGCAGACAGUCUUACAUAAGCAAAUGUUUUGUUCUUGUGGCAUGUAGACAAAAAUGUUCUGAAUGAAAAUCUCAAAAAAGUUAAAGUAUCACAAAACGGAACUAUCAAUAAAUGUUAUUCAAUCUUUACAAUACAGUAAUUGCCCCAGGAAUUAGUAAAUUAACCUAAUAUUUAUUUUUGCACAAUAGCAGAGGGGGUUGAAAUCCCCUGACAGAAGAUUAAAAGUCAAAGUCUCACAAAACAGCAACACUACUAAGGCCAGCUUUGUAAAAACUUGUCGUGAGUCUUUUUUUAUUUUUUAAAUCCCCCCCUCGAGGUUUAUUUUUACAAAAAAACUGGAGGUGGGGUGUAUUUAUCUUGCUACUGACUUUUCCCAUGGCACGGAAAGGCACCACAAAAUCAGACCCGCCAACUCAUUUGACUAAUGUAUGCGCGCGUCAUAUGACGUCAGGUGGCGAGUCAUUCAAAUAGCAGCCGGUUUCAGAAAUAGCAUCAGACAGUCGCUCGUUCAAACCAGCGAAGCUCACACACACCGACACAGCAGUGCGCUCAGCUUAACAGCAGCGAGUUCAGUGCAUCGCUACGAAAGAACUUAAAAACAGAUCCGGAUUUUACACGAAAGUGUCCAACCAGUCGCAAACGUGGCGAGAAGCGUAAUCCAAACGAGUCUGGUACUCAACAUGAGCACGGAGAUGUUCGGUAAAACACCAAUGGAGGUGGCUGUCUACCAGUUGCAUAACUUCUCCAUCUCGUUCUUCUCCUCGUUACUCGGAGGAGAUGUUGUAUCGGUCAAACUUGACAACAGUGCCUCAGGUGCUAGCGUUGUGGCCAUCGACAACAAGAUCGAACAGGCGAUGGAUCUUGUCAAGAACCACCUGAUGUACGCGGUGCGUGAGGAGGUGGAGAUCCUCAAAGAGCAGAUCAAGGAGCUGGCGGAGAAGAACAACCAGCUGGAGAGGGAGAACUACCUGCUAAAGAACCUGGCCAGUCCGGAGCAGAUGGAGAAGUUCCAGUCUCGCAUCCCGACGGACGCGCUGCUACCUCUGGACAAUCUGAGCGCUCAGGUGACCCCAGACCAGCAGCAGCAGCAGCAGCGCCUGCCCUGCAGCCUCAGCACUGGCUCUGCUGUAUAAGUGGCUCUGCCUUGGGGCGGGCAGAGCCACUGUCUCUUUACAGUAAUGGACCUCCAUUUUGAACGUAAGCGUUACAAAAAUCGCCGCUGCCGUGCAGCCUUCGUAAUAGCGAAGGUGAAGCAACGGGGCUGUAAAUGAUCGAAGGGACACAAAAGAACUGUUGACACUGACAAGCACAAAGCAGAACUUAAGACGCUCUGACUGGUGCGGUGUCAGGCCCGUCCUCUGAUACCGUCCAACUCUCUGUCGUAGUCUCUCUGUGUAGACAAAAGCGCUAAGAAUAGAGAGAUGGCUGCCUAGACACUGACGAGCGCUUGCUUUCAGACGGCGGGGGGGCUUUCCCCGCCCAGCCGAACCCUUCCAACAAACACCCUUGGCUCAAGAGAGACGCGGGGUGUUGAUCGGGCUGGCCCUGCAGGUGCUAACUUGGAAAGUGUUGGGGAGGGUUGCUGUCCCCGCUCACCCAGAGGAGACGGUCCUCCAUGUCUCAACGAGAAGAGCCCCAUCAUGCGGAUUUGUCCGAUGUCAUAAACAAGUUUCAAGGACUCCCAGCCACACAUUUCACACAACGAGGACUUUUCCUGUACCUACAAUGUAUUGCACAUGUGUUCAUGUACAUUUAAGCAUAACAAAAAUAAUCAACAGGAUAAGCUAAGGCACCAGAGGUGGCGGUAAAUGCAGUGUAGCCUUUUAGAGUUGGUGGACAGCUGCAGCAGCCUGAUCAGUAUACUGUCAUGAUUCAUUAAAUGUAAUCUUGUAUUGCCUGCAGUCGGGGCUUGCUGCUUAUGGGGGAAAUUAAUCCUGCUAUCUUCUGUUUUUGUUUCUGAUUCUGAACAAAAAUCAGUCGUUUGUAUAAUAGGAGCAUUGUACAGUGGUCUUAAAAGAUUUUUUAUGUAAUCUUGAGGGACAGGCAUAUCUGUCCAUUUUGUCUGCCUGGCUAUUCACAGUAAAGGAUAACUACAGUGUACAUAAAGUUGAAACGUCCUGAGGUAAAUAUAGAGAUGGUGAGCAAGCAGAAGCCAGCAUUUGUCGCUGCAGAUGCACUCCUGAUUUUUUUUAGCAGCGUCGUCCAGUAUCUGGUCUGUUUCUUGCUCAGAUGCCAACUUGAAAACGAUGGCAUGACAACAGUGCCUGUCCUUUUUAGUAAGAGAGGAACACAUUUCCACACUGAGCUCUGUUGUUUGUUUUCUAGCUACCAAAGACUUUUUGCCUUCUUUUUUUCACACAACAGAAGUGGAGCAAACCAGGACCAUGUGUAAAAGUUCACAGGGAGAAGAAGUCUUGUUUGUAGCUAGUGCUAAA